ACGUAUUUUUUUUAUUCUAUUUUCAUUUUUAUUUUAUUGAUACCAUGGAAGUACCGACUGAUUUGAAAUACAUUGCACCCUUUAUUCAACGCGGCCAAGAAUUAGCUACUCGAGAUCCUAUUGUGUCUUAUUAUGCUCAAUAUUAUGCUGCCAAGUUAGCUAUGGCUAAGGGACCAAGAACAAAAGAAACCAAAGAGUAUCUAUUUCAUUUACUCGAUGCUUUGGAAGAACAAAAAAAGACGAUUGGCGACAAUGAAGCUAUUACCAACGAUUUAGUGGGUUAUGCUCAUGUAGAGAACUUUGCUCUCAAAAUCUUUUUGAAUGCUGACAACGAAGACAGAGCAGGGAAAGCAAGCAAAAAGACAGCCAAGACAUUUUUGGCUGCUUCUAUCUUUUUAGAGCUCCUCAAGACAUUUGGUGAUCUUGAUCCUGAGGUUGAAGCCAAGAUCAAGUAUGCUAAAUGGAAAGCAACAGAUAUUAUGAAAGCAUUGCGUGAAGGACGUGUGCCUACAGCUGGCCCACCUGGAGAAGAGCAAGAAGCAUUUGAUGCUCCACCUAUUUCAGAAUUCCCUAGCCCACCUUCUAAUUUUACUGCACCCCUUCCUUCCACAUCACCUCAACAAGGCGAUAUGAAUGAUAGAACAAGUGAUGUUGAUAUGCCUGCUGCUGCUACUGCUACUGCUACUGCUACUGCUACUACUACUAGUACUAGUACUAGUACUAGCACUGCACCCCAAAUAGCCGUCAAUACAGCCAGUAUUAAUAUUCCCCAAGCUCAAAAGAAUGCUAAAUGGGCUAUUAGUGCAUUGGACUAUGAUGAUAUUAAGACAGCACGUAUGCAAUUAUUGUCUGCUUUAAAUGAAAUUGGAUUUAAUCAAAAUAAUAAUUUUGGUUUUUAAAUCAAGUAGCUUUUCCAAUCACAGUCUUGCAUAGAUUGGCUACAUUCAUUGACCAUGCAUCCAAUGCUUCAUAUUUCAAAUCAUCCGUGGAUCUAUGCAUCAUUAGCCCUAGCCAAUAAAAUGA